AGAAUACCGUAUGUAAUACAUAUAACAUAGAAACUGUGCGUUGAUCAGCUCUUUAUGUUAUUGGUAAGUCUUCUGGUCAAGAGUAGGUUAUUAGUGGUUAAGUGCUGGGAAGUCAAGAGUGUUGUAUGAAUCUGACCGCACAGGGAUGGAGUCGGUACCUGUAACCCCUGUGUUGUUGAAAAAUCAACUGUACAUGAAUAAAUGUUUUUGUAUAUUCAAGGGAGUAGAGCACAGUCAUCACAAACAUGGGAUUUGGAUCAGAGACACUCGGGUUCAAGUCCUGGCUCUAGCACUGUUGCGAACACGUGGACUAACCUAAGUUCAGGUGCUGCUGUCUUCCCCAUUCAAGUGGGAGCCACAAGAGCACCCACCCGUUGGGGUGUGAGGAUGGUCAGUGAGGGAGCACGGAAGGAGCCCUGCCUGUCGUAGACACUUGAUCCGUAUUAGCUCUUAGCAAUUAGUAAACACACACGUUCCUGACCUCGAGGAAUUUCCAGAGCAUUUGUCCCAUCUUUUCUUCUGUGUUUGGUUGUAUUUCUUCUAUCACGUCUCAGAUGGCAGUCUCCUUGUCUGAUUAUCUUCUCCUUGUGCCCCAACAGGACGGCAGGAGUCUGGCGUGGCUUGGGAGUGAGCUGGAGUGAGACGGAAGCACCAGAGACCCGGCCCCUCGUUGUUUCGUGCUGCCACAGCUGGCUCAUAUUUGACCCCACAAUUUGUUUUCUCUUCCCUGGGGGUUAAGCGACACCUCCUUCCACCCGGGACGCAGACGCGAGUGUAGGGAAAACUCUCAGAUCUGACUGCUGGCACCAUGACUUCAGGAGCCCAUGGGAUCAGCCCAGAGAGCGAAGCACUUGUUGAGAAAGCCAUUGAGUUUUUCCAGAGCACAGUGAGCCUAGAGGAACUGCACAUCUUGCUAACCAACCAUGAAACCUGGGAGAGAUUUGUGGCUGAGGCCACUUUGUCCAGGGAGGAGGCAGAUGCAGUCCGUGAAAGUCUGGACAGGCUGGAUAUGGAGGCCGAAGACCAGCUGGCUAGGGAGAGGUUUUUGAGUGAGUUUCCCCAGUUGAAAAUGGAGCUUGAGGAGCGUAUAAGAAAGCUCCUCGAGGUCGCAGCAGGUAUUUGCGUUCAAGACCUGGGAAACAUUUCGACGAAUGUUCGUGCCAUCAAGCUAGCUAAUAUCAAUGGUAGGUGCCUCAUGAAACCCACGAAAGCCUCAGCUCAAGGGACUGCUCUGUCAUUGACCAAUGGAUCCCAGAUCAUGGGUAUGGCCAUCUCAGGUAUCUCCUGUCGGAUGGAUAUGCUCAACUUUGAGAAAAACUCAGGGCACUUGCAAGAAGGGGCAAAGACAGAGUCUGCUGAAGAGAUGAGGCGGGAGGCCCAGGAGCUGGAGAGCAAGUUGGAGGAGCUCACCAAGAUCUAUGAAAGUCUGACGGAGGGCCCGACUCCAUGACCUCAGAGUGGGGCAGGGAGCAUGGACAUGUGUGGGACAAAGACAUGGAGGUACCUUAUUAGAGGGGAAAAGAGGGCAAAACAAAAUUUUUGGGAUGGGGUGUUGAGGAGUUGGUCAUUUCUGUAGCUGAGCCCAGGGAGGGAGGGGUUAAUGCAGUUGGUGCCAGCAGAGGUGAGGGUGUCAAACAGAGAAAGGAACAUGGAUCCUGGAAUUCGGAGGGAGGGGGCUAGAGAGUGAGGGGAAUGGGCUGAAGAGGACAGAGGGGACAUGGUCAAGAGAGGUGUGGAGGAAGAAGCAAUGGGAAGGCCAGGAAAAAUAAAGUUAGAAUUGUUGGAAUAUGCAAGAAGAUGGUGGGUUUGAUUUUUCCAUCUUAAUACUUAGUUCUUAGCCUUCCUGAAGUUGACAGUUGCUACUCAGGGACGGAUUUGACCACCGAUCUGAGCAAAGACAAAUAGGCUGGUCCACUGGGGGAUGCUGGCACAAGUGACGCAGACCCGUGGAUCCCCUUCCAAAUCCCAUGAGCGACCGGGUGUCGUCAGCAUGGAUGCAACCCCCUUAGAUGUGUCUGCCAACCACUCUGAUCACUUCAGAAGUCCCCAUUGUCCUAUGUCCAAUUUGCAGCCCCUACUCCCCCCCUCCCCCACUGUCCCUAGACAGAGGGAGAAGCGGGAGGUGGGGUCUCUGCUCUGAAACACAAGUCAUAAGGUCCAGCAUGGUUGAGCCAUCUCCUGUGCCCAGGAGAUGGAGACACUGGGUCGGGGUGCCAGUUGUGCGCCCCGUCGGCUGUUUCUCCCAGCCUCUACCUGGUGAUGCCAUGAGUCCGCGGAACACCUCCCUCAGCAGAGAGAGGGGGACUUGCCCACUGAGGAGGGAUUGCCUUCACAGUGCGCUGAGUGGCUUAUUGACCAAAGAUGUUGCCUAAGACCGCCCUCCUCCAGCCCCCCAAAACUGUGGUCAUCCAGGGUGACUUUUCUUGUGAUCCUCAGGGGUCAAGUAGAGCCGUAUUUUCUAGUCACUAGAGCUUAGGGUUCCCAAGCGGGCUGGACUCGGCACAUGUCCCCGCAGUGCAGAUGCCUGUCCCUCCCCUGAUGCGUCUGCAGAGCCGGCCUGGUUGCCGCACCGCGGGACUGUGUUCCGGAAGCCUGUCCACGUGCACAAUGAGCUCUGAAGCUUACUGGACACAAGCCACCACCUGUCCCCUCACCUGGCUUUUCCAUCUGCAAAUUCAGGCCGAGCUCCUGGCCCACCCGUGGGUUAAUCAUCACAAACCCUGGAGUGGGAUUCUUGGGUCAUCAUUCUGUCACUCUGUCCCUCCCUCAAAGCUAGGGGAGGAGCCACGAUGCCCCAGGGACAUGUGCCGGGGACCCCAGAUGGAAGGGUCUGGUUGGCUUCCAUGUGCACAGGUGUGGGGGUGGGCUGCGGGGUACGGGCCCACCCCCAGCCCCUUGGCCAGGGCAAAGCAGAAAAGCCCAUGGCAGUGCUGCUGGAGCUAGUGCUCUCCCAAGCCGUGGGGCCUUUUCCGCUCCCGUCUCUCCUGCCAGGGGAACCAGACCUGCCUGCGUGGCCAGUGUCCCCACAGCGCCUGGCACACUCUCAGCUCUGGCCACAACGGCUGCUCUGCUCAGGGACCGUGCGGGAAACAGGCUUUGCUGGCUGUUUCCAUUUGCUCUUUCCUGACACUAGCCUUCCUAGAAGUGUUCUCCUUUAGAGAGAAAGACAUCUGUCAUCAAGCAGAAACACAUGGGGUAGAAAACAGCAGUGUUUCCUCAGCUCUCUCCCGCAAGCGUCUGCAUCCCUGCAAACAGCACUUGGCCCCCAAGUCUAGAGAGACCUGAUUAGAUCCAAAGGGUUAGACCUGAUUAGAUCCAAAGGGUUCGGGGGAGACAGGGACAGGGUGACUGCAACAGGGGAUUUAAGCCCCUCCCCCAGGUGCCAUGGGAGCAGAGUAGGGCACAGGGACUCUGCCAGGGAGGGGGCUGGAGGGCUUCUCAGAGGAGGUGAUGCGGGAUUUGGGCUUGAAGUCUGAGCAUGGUUUUUCCAGGUGGUAGAAGCAGGUGCUUCUGGCAGAAGGAUCUACACCAGCAAAUGCCUGGAAGCCGCACGGGUGUGGCACUCAGUGGCUGCACUAUGGCAAGUCAGCUGUGAGCUCCUGGAAUGUUGGGGACAGGAAGGUGAAUAAGGCAGGCACGCCGGGGAGUGCAGUGGGAGGGACAGAGAGAGGGGGCUGGGAACCAGCCAGGGGGUCUGUGGGGAGACUCAUUUGCUGAGGGUCCCACAGUCUGUCAGUGGCAGGAGGGAUGAGCAGAGAAGGACCUGGAACGCAGGUGUGGGGCUGUUCCUUUGAGGCAGUCAGGGCAGCCGAGGGAGGGCAGGACACUAGGACCAGCCCGGGUGUGUUUGUU